AUGGAUCGCUCACAGCGCGUCGUCAUCAUCGGCGCCGGCAUCGUUGGGACCAACAUCGCCGACGAGCUGGUCUCGCGGGGGUGGACCGACAUCACCGUGGUCGAACAGGGGCCGCUUAGCAUGCCGGGAGGCUCGACGUCUCACGCUCCCGGCCUCGUGUUCCAGGUGACAGGCUCCAAGACCAUGUCUUCCUUUGCGAAAUACACGGUCCAGAAGCUGCUGUCGAUAGGCUGCUUCAACCAGGUCGGCGGCCUCGAGGUGGCAGAAACGCCCCAGCGGCUCGAGGAGCUCAAGCGAAAACACGGAUAUGCCUCCUCUUGGGGCAUUCCGGCGCAUCUGCUCACCGCCGACGAGUGCAAGACGCUCUACCCCCUGCUGAGCACCGAGGUGGUGCUUGGCGGUCUGCACAUCCCGACUGACGGCCUGGCGUUGGCCGCAAAUGCCGUCCAGCUACUUAUCGAACGCACCCGCAAGGCCGGCGUCCGGUACCUCGAGCACACCCCGGUAACCGGCAUCGCGCAGAGCGGAGGCCGUGUCACCGGGGUGGAAACCAGGAAUGGCCCCGUGCCCGCCGAUCUCGUCCUCGCAUGCGCCGGUCUCUGGGGCGUCGAGGUCGGCGCCAUGGUCGGCCUGCCCAUCCCUCUCCUCCCCGUCGAACACCAAUAUGUAAAGACGACACCAGUACCGGUCCAGAAGGGCAAAAACCUGCCUGUGAACGGCGCACAAUUCCCUAUCCUCCGCCAUCAGGAUCGCGAUCUCUACUAUCGCGAGCACGGCGAGCAGUACGGCAUCGGCUACUACGGCCAUCGUCCUCUACCCGUGGUCGCCGCCUCGUUGGGCGAGACGCCCAAGCAUGUAGACGAGCACAACAUGCCGUCCCGUAGAGAUUUCACACCCGACGAUUUCGCACCCGCUUGGGAGCUCUCAAAGAAGCUUCUUCCCGCCCUGGCAGAGAGCGAGAUCGAGUAUGGCUUCAACGGGAUUAUGUCUUUCACUCCUGAUAGUGGCCCCCUUAUCGGCAGGGCACCCAACCUGGAGGGCUUUUUCGUUGCCGAGGCCGUCUGGGUGACACACUCUGCGGGCGUCGCCCGUGCGGUUGCCCAGCUGCUCACAGCCGGGCACUCCGAACUCGAUCUCUCCGAGUGCGACAUCUCGCGCUUCGAGCAGGUCCAGCUCGCUCCCGAAUACGUCAAGGAGGUUUCCACGCAAAACUUCAUCGAGGUCUACGACAUCCUGCACCCUUCGCAGCCCCGCGAGUCGCCUCGCAACCUGCGUAUCAGCCCCUUCCACUCCCGCCAGCAAGAACUGGGCGCCUACUUCCUCGAAGCCGGCGGCUGGGAGCGUCCGCAGUGGUUCGAGGCCAACGCGAAUCUCCUCAGUCAGCUGCCCGAGAAGUGGAAGCCGAGAGAGCGCGAUGCUUGGUCUGCCAGGUAUCACUCGCCGAUCGCUGCCGCAGAAGCCUGGAAGACGCGAACCGCCGUGGCCAUGUACGACCUCACGCCGAUCCGUCGUCUGGAAGUGUCCGGACCGGGGGCGGUUGAGCUGCUGCAGCGGUUGACCACGAGCGACAUCUCCAAGAGCCCGGGAACGGUCACAUUUACUCUCCUCUUGGAUGGGCACGGAGGCAUCCGCAGCGACAUCUUCGUGGCCAGACUCGGCAACGAUCUGUUCCAACUAGCCGUCAACGGUCCUGUCGAUUUUGCCUACUUGUCUCGGGAAGCUCGCAUCCAGGCGGAAGCAUCUCCGGCAAAGUUCGUCCAGGUGCGCGACACCACGGGAGGGUCCGGUGGCAUCGGGCUCUGGGGCCCUCGCGCCGCCGACGUUAUCGGCGGCAUCAGCUCGGACAAUCUCAAGGAUAUGCCUCCUUCCCGCGUCAAGUCGGCCAUCAUUGCCGGCAUCCCGGUCACCGUUGUCAGUCUCUCCUUCGUUGGCGAGCCUGGGUGGGAGAUCUACACGAGUGCCGAAAAUAGCCUGCGCCUCUGGGACACUCUCUGGCAGGCUGGAAAGCCGCACGGUGUCAUCGCCGCGGGCCGCGCUGCGUUCAGCGCCCUGCGUCUGGAAACGGGAUUUCGGACGUAUGGCGCCGAUGUCACCUCGGAGCAUAACCCGUUCGAGGCCGGGCUCGAGUCCGCCGUCGACCCCGAGAAGCAGGGCUACGUCGGUCACGACGCCAUCAAGAGACUUUCGAAAGAGAAGGUCUCCAGGCGACUGCGCUGCCUCACAAUUGAUGACGGCCGCUCGGUCGUCUUGGGCAAGGAGCCUGUGUUCCUGGACGGCAAAGCAGUUGGCUAUGUCACGACUGCCGCCUUUGGAUACACAAUCGGGAAGCCCAUCGCUUAUACCCAUCUGCCCAGCAGUGUCAAGGAGGGUGCUGGCGUGGAGAUUGAGUACUUCGGCCGCCGGAUCAAGGCCACCGUGACAGCAGAACCAUUACAUAAAGCCUCGAGAGGCGUAUCGGUGGCCGGCCCAACUCCUAAGCGUGUAGCCAUCAGGUCGCGACUGUAA